AAAAGGAAAUCGCGGUGAUAGUUUAAAAGCUCAUGAUGAAGAGAAGAAUAAAGAAAAAACAAACGAAGAAGAAUCUAAAGAACCUAGAAAACCUAAAAAAAAAGUAGCAGUUUUAGUUGGAUUUUGUGGAACUGGAUAUCAAGGAAUGCAAAUAGCAAGAACCAUCGAAGAUGAAUUAUUUAAAGCUUUUGUUGCUGUUGGUGCAGUCUCAAAAGAUAAUUCUGAUGAUCCAAAAAAAGCAACAAGAACAGAUAAAGGUGUUCAUGCAGCAGGAAAUUUGAUUUCACUAAAGAUAUAUAUUCCAGAUUUAGUUGAAAAAAUUAACCAAAAUCUUCCUGAACAAAUUCGUAUGUGGGUAUAUGAAUAUCUUAUUCCAACUUAUGUUUUCAUUCCACCUUCUGCUGAAAAGAAAUCAUCUGAUCAUGAUCGUUGUGAACAAGCGUCUACAAAUACUUUAGGAAGUGAAAUUUCACUAAACUCAAGUCAUGAUCGUUGUGAACAAGCGUCUACAAAUACUUUAGAAAGUGAAAUUUCACUAAACUUAAAUCAUGAUCGUUGUGAACAAGCGUCUACAAAUAUUUUAGAAAGUGAAAUUUCACUAAACUUAAAUCAUGAUCGUUGUGAACAAGCGUCUACAAAUACUUUAGAAAGUGAAAUUUCACUAAGCUCAAAUCAUGAUCGUUGUGAACAAGCGUCUACAAAUAUUUUAGAAAGUGAAAUUUCACUAAACUCAAUUGAUGUAACUAUGGUAGAAAAAGAAUCACCAAUAUCAACAACAUCAUCAGCAGCAAAAUUGGAAAUGGAAUCUUCUAAUAAUAGAAUGAAAUUUAUCGAAGCACCUUUGGCUACAGCAGAAGAAAUGAUUGAAAAAAGAAAAUAUUGCAUUACACCAGAGAUGUUGGAAUAUAUUAGACAAGGGUUUAAAUUAUAUGAAGGAACGCAUAAUUAUCAUAAUUUUACAAUAGGUAGAAAUCCUUUAGAAAAAAGUUGUAAUAGAUUUAUUAUAAAUGUUGGUGAACCUAAAAUAAUUAAUGAUACCGAAUGGUUAAGUCUGAAGGUUCAUGGGCAAUCGUUUAUGUUACAUCAAAUACGAAAGAUGGUUGCUUUAAUAGUUAUGGUUGCAAGAACCAUGACGCCACUUUCUUUGAUUCCGAAAACGUUUGGUGCAACCAAAAUCAAUAUUCCUAAAGCGCCUGCAUUAGGUUUAUUGUUGGAAAAUCCCGUAUUCAGUUCAUAUAAUAAGAGAGCAAAAGAUAAUGGUAGAGACUUGAUAGAAUUCCAAGCUUAUAAAGUAAAUAUAGAAGAAUAA